UUUUUUUAUAACGGGUAGAAAUGUUGUUUUUUGGUAUAAAAAUAUUUUUACCCACUUGCAACACUCCAUUUGACAUUUGUGAUUUAAAAUGGCGACAAGACGAAGCGUUCUGCGAGCUGUGCAGGUAAUUUUACGUAUUUUUUUGUGAUUAUUAUCAAUUUGUGAAUUAUAAAUGUUUACAUUUAUUUCACUGAUAAAUAAACAUUAUUAUUAUGUCAUUUUCAAGUCUCGAAAUAUCCUGGAUAUGGACGUAAAAGAAUACCAGAGCAUCACGUAUCUUAGCGUUGGUACCAGAAGAUAACGCUGCUUCGGAGGUGAGUGAAGCAUCCAAUUCAGAAAAUGAAUACGAAGCUGAAACAUAUAAUAGACACCGUACAUCAGAGUCAUCUGAAGCACCGACACUUGAUUCGUCAUUAGAACGAUUGAAUAUUUUAGAUUCUUCCGACGAUGAUCGAAACAUGAACUCACCUUCAGUUUCAGCAAAUAUUGAGGCGUUACCAUCCAUAAGUUCAUUACCAGUUUUGUCUCCCAUGUCAAAUAUCCCUUCAGUGACAACAUCAUUUAUAAUUGAUCAAAUGGUAAACCUGCCUCCACAGUCACCACAAAAUAUUUCUUCACCACGACUAACUCGUAGAACACGCACAGAACGUCAAAUCCAAAGUACAAAUGUAAGACCUCGUCAUGUAAUAAAAAAAAAGAAAAUUGAUCUGAAAUUUAGAUGGUCAAACGGACGUUUCCAACAUUACGCUGAAUUAGAACCCGAUGAGUUUCAAAGCCCUAUUCCGGAUAACAAAUGUGCCUACGACUAUUUCUCUGACUUUUUUUCUGAAGACUUAUUUGCCGAAAUAUGCCAAUAUUCUAACAUGUAUGCUAUGCAGUUAACAGGACAAUCUAUAAAUUUGACAGUUGAAGAAUUACGUAAUUUUAUUAGUAUUAAAGUAAUUAUGGGUAUAGUCUCUAUGCCAUCUUAUCUAGAUUAUUGGUCAACGACAACUCGUUAUCCGUUAGUAGCAGAUGUUAUGUCGCUAAAACGCUAUCAGCAAAUACGCAGAUAUAUUCAUUUUGUCGAUAAUAAUGAGACAAACUCAGACCCUUACUUUAAAAUAAGACCAUUUGCCGAAAGGAUUCGCCAAAACUGCCUCAAAGUGGAAGAAGAGACUCGAUUUAGCAUCGAUGAAAUGGUGAUCCCAUACAAGGGCACCAAAGCCGGCAAAAAGCGGCAGUACAAUCCUCAAAAACCAAGAAAGUGGGGUUUUAAGAACCUGGUUCGUGCUGGCGCGUCUGGACUCAUAUAUGACUUUUUUUUGUACGCUGGGCAUGAGUCAUUUGAAAAUUGUCCCUUUACCGACGAAGAAGAGAGUUUAGGUUGGGGCGGUAAAGCAGUUAUUAGGCUGUGUAAAACUAUAAAAAAGAAACCUUGCGUGGUAUAUUUCGAUAAUUUUUUUUCGUCUUUGGAAUUGAUAUACCAUCUUAGAAACUCGUAUGGCAUUUUUAGUCUUGGGACAAUUCGGGCAAAAUCGACUCAGAAAUGCUGCAAAUAA